UUUACCGUUCACUGUCCGACAGGGGGUGCCUUUCGGCGGGUUCCGUAAAAAUGGCGCUGCUGUUGCCAGGAGCUGAAGCCCACCGGAGGAAUAGAGAUAGCGGAUAAAAUUACACCCCCGAUACCGCUUCUGCUCGAACGGGAGGUGGAUUUAACCGCAUCAUGGCGACGCUCGAUCAGAAAUCACCCAACGUGCUUCUGCAGAGUCUGUGCUGUAAGAUCACGGGCAAGAGUGAAGCCGAAGUAGCCCAUCAGUUCCAGUACGCCGUCCGGGUCAUUGGGAGUAAUUAUGCACCCACCAUUGAGCGGGAUGAGUUUCUGGUGUCGGAGAAAAUUAAAAAGGAAUUGUUGAAACAAAGGAGAGAGGCAGAUGCCGCCCUUUUCUCUGAGCUGUACAGAAAGCUUCAGACCCAGGGUGUGUUGAAACACAGAUGGUCCAUCUUAUGCCUCCUACUCAGCCUCUGUGAGGACCCAAGGAAGCCAUCAGGUCGUGUGCCUGGGUGCAUUUAUGGAGCUCUGAUCGGCCAGGCUUUGCCCCGUGAUGUUCACUCCACCCCGUUCUACUACGCCCGUCCCCAGAGCCUCCCUCUCAGUUACCCGGAGCGCUCAGCUGCCGCCCACAACUCUAGCAUAGCCACCAGUGGCAUCAGCAGUAUGGGGGCGUUUACGAUCAACGGGCCUGGGCCUGGACCUACCCCUCCAUCACUUCUUACUGGACCUGGUACACAGGCAGUCAGUGAGUCUAUGAGAGGGUCUCGGCUAGCCUGGAGUAUCCCAGUCUCUAGUUCCCCCUCUGGGGCAGGUUCUGCUACAUGUCCCACCAGUGGACCAUCUGCCCAUCUAGGCCCAGCACUUAGAGCCCCACAAAGACAGCGACGGGACGGCGAUGGCAGCGCUGAGAUCGGAGAGGCGGCUCUCAUCCGAGACAUUCUGUAUGUUUUCCAGGGGAUAGAUGGAAAGUUCAUCAAGAUGUGCUGUCCAGAAAACUGCUACAAAAUUGAUUCAGAGGUCCUACUAUGUAAGUCUUUAAGAGACACUACCAGCAGACUGGCUGAGCUCGGAUGGCUUCACAAUAAAAUCAGAAAAUACACAGAUUCUCACAGCUUGGACCGAGCCUUUGGCCUUGUCGGACAGAGUUUUUGUGCUGCCUUGCAUCAAGAGCUUAAGGAAUACUACCGGCUGUUGUCUGUACUGCAUGUACAGCUGCAGGUGGAGGAUGAUCAUGGUGUAAAUGAGGCCGUUGACAACUGUCUGACUCUAAGAAGACUGCUGGUAUGGACCCACGACCCCAAAGUUCGGCUGAAAACACUGGCGGCUCUUGUGGACUAUUGCCAAGGGCGUAAAGGAGGAGAGUUGGCCUCAGCAGUGCAUGCUUAUGGAAAGACGGGCGACCCCCAUAUGAGAGCAUUGAUCCAGCACAUCCUUGGUCUGGUGUCCCACCCCAUUCUCAACUUCCUGUAUCGCUGGAUCUAUGACGGGGAGCUGGAGGAUACGUACCAUGAGUUCUUUGUAGCUUCAGACCCAACUGUGAAGACGGACAGACUGUGGCAUGAUAAGUACUCUUUGAGAAAGAGUAUGAUCCCGUCCUUUAUCACCAUGGACCAGGCCAGGAAGGUGCUACUCAUUGGCAAAUCCAUCAACUUCUUGCAUCAGGUAUGCCAUGACAGAACAUCACCGGGGAAGAUCAUACCUGCCUCCAAAUCCACCGACUCGCCCAAAGACGCGACAGAGUUGUUCACUGAUCUUGAAGGGGCCUUUCAGAGUAAGAUAGAUGUUGCAUAUUUUGAGACCAGUAAGUAUCUGUUGGAUGUGUUGAAUAAGAACUACCAGUUACUGGAGCAUCUUCAGGCCAUGAGGAGAUACCUGCUGCUGGGCCAGGGAGACUUCAUCAGACACCUCAUGGACCUCCUUAAGCCAGAGUUGGUGAGGGCGGCCACCACUCUUUACCAACACAAUCUAACUGGUAUCCUGGAGACUGCUGUCAGGGCAACCAAUGCCCAGUUUGACAGUCCAGAGAUCCUGAAAAGACUUGAUGUCCGACUGCUGGAGGUAUCUCCAGGGGACACCGGUUGGGAUGUCUUCAGUUUGGACUAUCAUGUAGAGGGACCCAUUGCCACGGUGUUCACCCGUGAGUGUAUGAGUCACUACCUGCGGGUGUUUAACUUCCUGUGGAGGGCCAAAAGAAUGGAGUAUAUUCUCACAGACAUCUGGAAGGGCCAGAUGUGCAAUGCCAAACUACUGAAGAGCAUGCCGGAGCUCUCUGGUGUGCUGCACCAGUGUCAUGUUCUUGCCUCUGAGAUGUUUCACUUCAUCCACCAGAUGCAGUACUACAUCACAUUUGAAGUGUUGGAAUGUUCUUGGGAUGAGUUGUGGAAUAAAGUUCAACAGGCUCGGGAUCUGGAUCACAUCAUAGCUGCUCAUGAGGUUUUUCUGGACACCAUCAUCUCUCGCUGUCUGCUGGAUGUAAACAACAGGUCUCUGUUGAAUCAGUUGCGUGCUGUGUUUGAUCAGAUCAUCGAGUUCCAGAAUGCUCAGGACACUCUGUACCGCUCCGCUCUAGAAGAGCUGCAGCUCCGCGUCCAGUAUGAAGACAAGAAGAGACAGAGAGAGAAAAUGGGCGAGUGGGGUGUAACAGCAGAGCAAGAGGCUGAAGAGAACAGACGUGUGCAGGAGUAUAAAGACACCAUUCCAAAAAUGUGCUCCCAGCUCCGAUUACUGACACACUUCUACCAGGGCAUCGUGCAGGAGUUUCUGCGGCUGCUAAUGACCAGCUCUGAUGAAAGUCUUCAGUUCUUCAGUUUCCGUCUGGACUUCAACGAGCAUUAUAAAGCCCGUGAUCCACGUCUGCGACCCUCACUAGGUGCCACUAGAGGACGGCGAAGCUCCAACAUCUGACCUUGUGGACCUAAAUAUGCGUGGUUGCUGUGUCAAGACACUGUUUGAUGAUAGGGCUACUCCGAUCUCUUCUGGAGCUCUGUAAGGAAAUCAUAUUUUGGGAAUGAACAUUUUGUUUUUAGAAUAUAAUAUUUCCAUGACAUCGCCAAUUGAUUUCAAUCACACACAAUCAACUAUCCAGUGGAGUUAGAGCAUAACUUUCAGUACCACAAGGUCACAGAUCUGCUUGUGCAGUUAAUGUGUGAAAAUACUAGUGUUUUAAUUUUUUUGUUUUGUAAAGAUUUGUAUUGGUUUAUUUUGCUAAUAUUUAAGAUUCCAUUUCUUAUUUCCUUUUGUUUUUUUUGUUUUGUUUUUUUUCCCUAGUGCCCUUUUUUUGAUACAUUAAUGUCUGUUUGUCAUCCUCAAAAAAAAAACCUCCAGGUGUCAUGGACAUACAAAUAACCGAUAUAUCUGAUUGGCCAUAAUGUCUGUGUAAUUUCUCCUUUUGUGCCUAUCUUACAUUUUGUAGCAUCCCCUGUAAUGGAUCGGUUUGGUUUGGGUCCUGGAGCAGUUAAUUUGAGCAGAGCAGAAUGAGCAGAAAAUUUAACUAAUAAUCUGUUUUUAUUUUUUUAAGGCCAUCUUCAUGACUUUGUAAUUCUUCUUGUUGUCUGUUCAGUUUGUAAUUAUUCAGGCUGAGACCUUUUGUACUGCGUGUAAAAAAUAUACAAUAAUAUGAGAAACCUUAAAUGUUGACAAUUUCUUGAAUUAUAUGAAUGGACCUGUUAAAUUACAUGCACUACUCUUACUAGAUCAUUAACUACAUGACCGUUAUAUGAUCUAGUAAGUUCAUUUCUCUUGUCAUGUUAAAUCAAUUACCCACAAUGCUGUGUAAUUCGAUCAGGCCUUAGGUUGAAUCUGUGAAGAUGGAGUUGCCGUACUGAAGUAUUGGAACAUUUUGGGCAAGAUUGAGUAAUAUGGAGUUUGUACUUGGAGUCAGUGAAAAUCAUAAUGAGGUGUUGUCACUGGUACUGUUUUUAAUCUGAAUUGUAAUGUCAGGUGUCACUGGGACUAGAGGGUGAGGCAGAGUCUGACUGUCAAAUUAAGAUUGUCUGUUAAAGGGUUUAAAACUGAUCUGUAUAGCACGUGUACAGAGAAUUCAAAAAGAACAAACAUCCUGUCUUUUUUAUUCUUGAAUUA